UGGAAGCACACACAGAGGUGAUAUCAGACAGUCGGGUGGUGGUGUGGGGAGAAACAUGGCAGACGCUCUUGGCAAACUGGGAGCACAUCCAUUCCUCAUCUCCGCCGUUGGGAACGAUCAGACAGGGGAAUACCUGCUGAAGAACACUCUCAAACACGUUGAGACGCGCGGAUUGGCGCGGCUGGAGACUUUCCGGACCGCCUGUUACAGCGCCAUUGUCGACAAGAACGGGGAGUGCUACUUCGGGGUUGGUGACAUGGACAUCAAUGACCACAUCACUCCUAAACUGGUCGAGAAGUUUCUAGAAGAAAUACGGCUGAGUUCCCUGGUGGUAAUGGACGGAAACAUUCCUGUUGAAACAAUGGACUAUGUUCUGCAUACCUGCAAGGCGUCACGAAUACCAGUUUGGUUUGAACCAACAGAUGUGAGGAAAGCUGGGAAAGUGUUCCAAUCUCGGCACUGGACAACUUUGGGCUAUGUUUCACCCAACUUGAAUGAGUUGCAAGUGAUGUCACAGGCUUCAGGGUUAUUUUACAGUCUAAGUCAAUAUCAUUCUGCUUGGGAAGAUGACAACAUACUGAAUGAGGCAUCAUUCCUUGCUCGAAAUCUUGUUGAACACAUUGGAGCUGCUGUAGUCACAUUGGGAAAAUUAGGUGUCUUGGUUGUGCGAGAGGGUGAAGCAGAUGAACCACUGUUACAAGCAAGCCGAGAUACGCUGUGCACUAGAUCUAGUGUCUGUGUCCGCCAUUAUGCAGUUCCUUUUAGUAUAGCUGAACGUAGGAUAGUAAAUGUUUCAGGAGCAGGGGACUGUUUUGCUGCAGGCAUGUUAGAAGCCAUGUUGCGUGGUCUGCCAGAAACAGAAUGUGUCUCUGCAGGAUUUUGUGCAGCUGCUUGGUCACUACAAUCACCUUCUGCUGUGCCAGAAAGCAUUCCUCAUGCCAACAUUCCAUUGUGUGCAGAAUUCACACUCAUCCAUUCUUGAAGGCUUCACGCAUGGGGUGACACGUUGGAGGAAGCAUUUGAACAAUGUGCCAUGGCAAUGUUUGGCUACAUGACUGAAAUUGAUACAGU